AUGGAAUUAAAUCUUAAAGUAAAUGCUUUCUUUGCUAUACUGUUUAUCUUUUCAUAUGUUGAACAGAACAAUUGUGCGUCAAUAAAUGACACAAAUAUUUUACUGCGUGACCUUUUGGAAGUUUACAAUAAAAAUGUGAGGCCAGUGGCAAAUCAGCAAAACGCUGUCCAUGUAAAUACUACCCUCUUAAUUGUUUCUAUACAAGAACUUGAUGAGAUUCGUGGAAUAUUUUCAGUCAUGGGAGUUUUUACGAUGGUAUGGCACGAUGCAAACAUGGUUUGGAAUCCUGAAACAUAUGGUGGGGUAGAGAAUGUGAUGACGUCAUAUAAAGAAGUUUGGGUACCUGAACUUAUUCUCGUAAACCCUGCAGCAGAAGCAGAUACUCUUGGCAAGAAAUGGCAAAGAGUUUCUUUUCAUCACACCGGAUAUGCGUCAUGGUGGCCCGGGAACCUGAUUAAAAGUACUUGUGCUUUGGAUGUGUCUCGUUACCCAUUUGAUACCCAAGAAUGCAUCAUAUCGUUUUCUGCUUGGGGAUACUUUGCUGAGCAGGUAAAAAUUAAUCCCGCAAGGGAUCGAGUCGAUUUAAGCUAUUACACUGAAAGUUCAACGUGGAAACUUGCUAAAUCGGAAGCAAAAGUCUUACCCGGAGGGAUGCAAAUAAAUUUCCAUGUCUAUCUCGAGAGAAAAGCCGGUUUUGUGGUUGUUAAUAUAGUUCUUCCCCUUACCUUCCUAAGCUUGCUAAACGCAUUCGUGUUUCUACUUUUACCAGAAUCUGGAGAGAGAAUUUCUUACUGUAUCACCGUUUUGUUAUCUAUAACCGUAUUCUUGACAAUUGUGAGUGAGACCCUCCCAAAGAGCUCUGAACCAGUACCAAUUAUCUCGUACAAACUGAUGUUUGACAUGGUGAUCAGCUCCGUUAUUACUCUGGUUACAAUAUUAAACCUGCGAUUAUACAACAGAAAGGAAAGAGAAAAUGUUCCGCACUGGUUGCAAUCCAUGUAUCGAUUCCUAGCGCGUAAGCGAUCCAAGUCCAAAGUUAGUCCUAUCAAAGACAAGGGUAAAGGAAAGAAAAGCGAAAUAAAUCAGUCCAAUGCCGGAAAUGGAAAUACAUGUAUGAAACGGAAAGAACUAGAAAAAGAGGAUUCAAAACACACAUCAGACGUGCAUAUCUCUAGAAAACAGCCGCUUGCGUUGACUGACUUGGAAGAGGUUCCAAAUGAAAGAAUUGACAAACAGCUGGUUACAAUGACUUCAGAAGCGGACGAAAAUGGCGAUACCCAGAUGCAGUGUACUUACAUGUUACAUAUAUUGUACUACUCCUUGCAGUAA